AUGGCCAUCUCCAAACUUGCUUGCAUCUACUCUGCUCUCAUUCUUCAAGAUGAUGAGGUUACAGUCAUGGAGGAUAAAAUUAAUGCCCUCUUUAAAACAGCAGGUGUAAAUUUUGAACCAUUCUGGCCUGGAUUAUUUGCAAAGGCCCUGAACAAUGUAAACAUUGCAAGUCUCAUCUUCAAGGUAGGAGUUGGUGGACCUGCCCCAGCAGCUGGUGGUGCUUCUCCUGCUGAAGGUGCUGUUCCUGCCAGCACAACUUCCCCAGCUGAGGAGAAGAAGAAAGAGGAAGCAAAAAAUGAAGAAUCCAAGGAGUCUGAUGAUGACAUGGACUUUGGUCUGUUUGACUAA